GGACACGCCUUGACCAAACUUUUCUCCUCGUUUAUCUGUGCAAAAUAAAAUGUUAUACUUGAUUCAUUCUGGACUCUGCAUCAAAAUGAUCUGAAUAUUUGAAAGCAGUUGUCUAUCACAGCAAGUCUCAAUUUUAUGACCUUUCACUUCAUAUUUCUCUUUCGAUUAUUUUGAUGUUCUGAAAAUUAUUUUUUUUCUCUCUCAUUUCAGACCUGAUGGAAGAAAGCAAUGAGAGUGAAGAACUAAAGACAUUUCUAAAGAAAAGAGCCAAGAAAUCUUUCACCUGCACUCAGUGUGGAAAGAGUUUCUCAACCAAACAACAUCUUGAGUAUCACAUGAGAGUUCAUACAGGAGAGAAGCCGUUCACAUGUGAUCAGUGUGGGAAGAGCUACAGUCAAUCAUCACACCUUAAAGAACACACGAGGAUCCACACCGGAGAGAAGCCGUUCACAUGUGAUCAAUGUGGGAAGAGUUUCUCAACCAAACAACAUCUUAAGGAUCACAUGAGAGUUCAUACAGGAGAGAAGCCGUUCACAUGUGAUCAGUGUGGGAAGAGCUACAGUCAAUCAUCACACCUUAAAGGACACAUGACGAUCCACACCGGAGUGAGACUGUUCACGUGUGAUCAAUGUGACAAAACAUUUCGUGUGAAAUCAACCUUAAAGAGACACCUGAGAGUUCAUACAAAGGAGAAGCCACAUUCAUGUUCUGUGUGUGGAAAGAGUUUUUCACUGCUGCAAUAUUUACAUAAACAUGAGAAAACACACACUGGUGUGAGAGAGUACAUGUGCUUUGAG